GCGACCGCCGGCCCCGCACUGCUGAGGAGCGGAGCCUCCGCCUGGGGGACCCCCAUCCCUGGCUGUCCCCCAAUUGCGCGUCCCUGCCCCACCCCCGCGGCCGAGCCGCCACUGGUGUGGCGGUCUCCGCUUGGCGGAAGAGCCUUGAGCGGUCACCCGGCCCCUCUCCACAGCCUCUUUGCAUCUCGGAUUUCGGGGCAGCCCCCUCCCCCACCCCUCCCUGGCCUCCUUGCACCCCUAUUUUUUCUGCGUUUCGCUCCGGUUUUGCAGCCGUCUAUUUUUGCAUCCCUUUUCAUUUUGUUUCUAGAAGGUUUGGGGGGUGAGGCUGCACUGCACCCCUUCCCCUUUCUAACCUCCCCUGCUCUGACAGUCCCCCUUUUCAUCGUAGCUGGGGGGCCUAGGAUUCGUGCAUCCUACGCCGCGCUGCCAGUACCCCGCAGCGCGUGGCCGUGCGCCCCGGAAUUUGCAGCCGCUGCCUAGCUGAGGAGGGUCUCCCUCGCCCCCGCUGCCUUUGCUCCCCGCGCGUUCCGGAGCGUGGGGGGGGGGGCUUCUGCGCGCCGCACCCCAGCUUCUCCGCAGCCCCCCGCCCCGCGCGGGACUCGUCCCCCGCUGCCAAGAUGGUCAUCCAGAAGGAGAAGAAGAGCUGCGGGCAGGUGGUUGAGGAGUGGAAGGAGUUCGUGUGGAACCCGAGGACGCACCAGUUCAUGGGCCGCACCGGCACCAGUUGGGCCUUUAUCCUCCUUUUCUACCUCGUGUUCUAUGGCUUCCUCACGGCUUUGUUCACCCUCACCAUGUGGGUCAUGCUGCAGACUGUCUCUGACCAUACCCCCAAGUACCAGGACCGACUGGCCACACCGGGCUUGAUGAUUCGCCCCAAGACGGAGAAUCUUGAUGUCAUUGUCAACGUCAGUGACACUGAGAGCUGGGACCAGCACGUUCAGAAGCUCAACAAGUUCUUGGAGCCUUACAACGAUUCCAUCCAAGCCCAAAAGAAUGACGUGUGCCGCCCUGGGCGCUACUAUGAACAGCCGGAUAAUGGAGUUCUCAACUACCCGAAGCGUGCCUGCCAGUUCAACCGAACCCAGCUGGGCAACUGCUCUGGCAUCGGGGACCCGACCCACUACGGGUACAGCACUGGGCAGCCCUGUGUCUUCAUCAAGAUGAACCGGGUCAUCAACUUCUACGCCGGAGCCAAUCAGAGCAUGAAUGUUACCUGUGUGGGGAAGAGAGAUGAAGAUGCUGAGAAUCUCGGCAGCUUUGUCAUGUUCCCUGCCAACGGCAACAUCGACCUCAUGUACUUCCCCUACUAUGGCAAAAAGUUCCAUGUGAACUACACGCAGCCCCUGGUGGCCGUGAAGUUCCUGAACGUGACCCCCAACGUGGAGGUGAACGUGGAAUGCCGGAUCAAUGCCGCCAACAUCGCCACGGAUGACGAGCGAGACAAAUUCGCCGGCCGCGUGGCCUUCAAACUCCGCAUCAACAAAACCUGAGGCCCCUUCCUCCUGCCCCCACCUCUUUCCUAUGGAUGCUUCUGGAAUGUCCCUGACCCUGCCUGAUCCCUCCCUCACCCACCCCAAAGGUAUUUUUUAUAACAGAGCUAUGACUUGUUGGAGCCUCACGCCCUUUUUCUUUACUUGUGAACCCAGCCUGACAGCCAUUUGUGAUUCCCAGCCCUCAGUUCCCCCCCGCCUUCCUCUCCCGAUUCUAGCUGAUUCUAGCUCGGUCAGAGGCAGGGAGACAGGAUCCCGGGACGGCCCCAGGGGAGUUAGCUGUUCUGGUUCGGGUUUAGCUGUGAGUGGGGUGUCUCCACCCCUCCUCUCCCCAGAGAGCUGUAGAAAAUGCCUGCCCGCUCACCUUCACACCCGCCUUCACACUCAUCCACCUACACACACACACACACACACACACACACACACACACACACACACAAUCUCGGUUCACCUACACAGUCCUUGUCUUGGUGGCUUUUGACGCAUCCGGCUUCUCCUCCGGCCUGUCGCCACCCCCUCUGCACCCCCGUUCCCUCCUCUGAAAGACAACUGUUUGUAAUCGAGGACGAGGUGGCUCUGUGGCCUUUUCCCUGUUUUCUGGCACAUUUGUCUUCUCACCCUCUGGUGACGGCGUGCGCUGGGAACCAGGGUCUGGAAGAGGAGUCCCCGUUGGUUCUUGAAAAUUCUCUUCCUGUCAAUAGGCACUCCUCGGAGGGAUGGGGUUGACCUAGGCUGAAUGUCCACUUUGUUUUUGCCGAUGGUUCACUUCUCCCUGUUUGUUUUCCCAGAAUAUCCUUCAAGUUCCACUCUUCCCCAGAGCCCUGGGGGAGGGGCAGCCAUUUUGGCUGGGUCCCCAGUGGCCACCUUGGAAACGUCAGCUGGCUCUGGGACUAUUCACCUCCUUUCCCCCCUGGGCCCAGAGCUACCCCCACUGUCCUCUCUCUGGUUUCUCUUAGCAUGUUAUCAACUAAUCACUAACUCCUUCCCUCUCCGCAUGUCAGCCUGAACGUUGCAAACAGCCCCUCAGUCUAGGCUCUGAAUGUCUCGGCACCCCCCCCCCGUCUCCUUCAGACCCCUUGGCGUUUUUAAACGACCCCAUAGUGUCCAUAGAAUGCUCCGUGAGGGGCCUCUGGUAUUCUUGAGCGAUAGUGCCCUUCAUUUCUGCCCUCUCUAACUGUCCAUCUCUUUUCUGACACUGCAGCCCCCACACCCCACCUUCCGAUGGACCCUUCCCUCCUUCCCUCUCGCUGGUCUGAGGUCUCUUCCCUUUGGGUCCCCAUGUUGUCCUGCAUUGUCCUCGCCCCGGUGGUCUUUCUCUGCAGUUAUUUAAUGCCUGUGUCAGAUCUACUGUAAAAAGAGGAUAAAGUACAAUAAAAUGAGAGCAAUUAUAUAUAUAAAUAUAUAUCAUA